AUGGAUCGCUUCAGUGAGAUCUCGGUCUCGUCGGAGGCCUCGCUGCAGAUCGUGAGGAGCCACUUUGAGCAGAUCAGUGGCAGUCAGUGGGUGAUGUUGUCCAUAGGCAUGUGCGACUUGGAGACCAGGCGUAUUCUGACCGCCAUGUUUAUCUCGCUGGUCCAAACGCUGUCCGCCAACGUCUUGGGUCUGAUGGUUCCGAGACGCGAGGUGAACAACAGGUUCCUGAGUGAGAGCGAGACGACCCGAGCUCAUGGAUCUAUUGUCACUGUGCUGCAGGACACCAUGGGGCAAGUGUUCUCUCAGGCUCUGAAUCUGCCCACGGACUCGUUGGACAAACACCAGGACUCGCAGGAGCUCACCACCCUGAUCGAGCAGGAGGUGUCUGCGAAGGUGAACCGUGUCCUUUCUGAGGAGCAGGAGGAGGGCUCUAUGAUGGUGGACUCCCUCAUCAGCAGCGAGAGUGUGGCUCGCAGCAUGAUCGAGAAGGGAAACUCCUGCCUCAAGAGGUGCCUUUGCUCCUUGUUCUGUUCCUGCGGCCGCCGCACUGCCACAAAGAAGUCGGAAUCUUCGGAAAGUGGGCCGUGCCGCUGCAGCUUCCUCAGAUUCUCCAAAAAGAAUUUCCGAAGCAUGCAGAAAGAUCUGGAGGCAGAAUUUUUGGUUGAAGAGAUAGAGCCAGAAACGAGCUGUGGAAGUUUCCCAGACCUGGGAAAAACUCCAGAAGUUAGUUUUGAGCAGUUUCAACCAGAAAUAGAAGAGUUGUUUAGAAAGUUAGAUCUGUCGACAAGUCCUGACGCAGAAACAAGUCGAGAAAGACUGGCCCAGGCCUUGGAUAGUGAGCAAACCACUGCCUUUGUUAAGACACUGACAGACACAAUGUACUGUCACUUUCAGAUCCUAAACGGACUUUCUCUUGCUGCGUCACCAAACAUAAGGAGUGAGUUCCAGAACCAAGAUCCUGAGGAGACAUACACACAGAAAACAAGAGUAAGAUGUAAGCUCAGGCGCUAUAGCCUGCAGCAGACAUACGCCACGGUGCAGAGCGAGGUUUCAAAUUACCUUCAAAGCCUCCAGGAUUACAUAGCGCAAGACCCAUUGGAGAACUUCUACCGCCAGGAUCUGUUUGAGUUGUGCAUGGAGAAGCCGCCUCUGUCGCCCAACUCCCAGCAGGCCCUGACGUAUUAUGUGUCCAUUCCUUCUCAAGGGUCGGUUCCCGUCCAGGUGGACUUUCAACAUCUGUCAGGGCAGUCUUUCAACAGCCAGAAACACGACCUGUUUGAGAGGUCUAUGGUGCACCCCAGAGCCUGUGUGCCAUCGCAGAUCUCUAGAGACGUUCCAGCGAUCGUCUUACGCACACCAGAGGUCAGCACCAGGACAAUCUCAGGCGUCUCUGAGAAUUCUUUUAGGAGUCACAAGUACGACCUGUUCGAGAGGUCCAUGGUGCCUCCCAAAGUAGAGCUGCCUUCUUUCAUCUCUGAGGACGUCCCGGCGGUUGUCCUGAAAACCCCAGAGGGCAUGAGAAGAAUCAGUGACAGAGACUUGUCCGAGGGCCAGUCCAUGACUCUAGGCCUGAUAGAGGCUUUGAUGAUUGAGACGUUCAGGGGAAAGGCAGCUCUGCGUCCGUGGGACAUAAAAUACAAAGUGAUUCGCGACCGUUUGACAGAAAAGGCCUGGGAGGAGAUCCAGCUUUCUGAACACCAGGCAAAGAAAACGGAGAAGAGAAUGAGUAAAAUCAUUGGCGCGAUUUUGAAAGACCUCAAAUCGCAGUACGGUACGGCACAGAGAAUGUUGGAAAGUGCUUUGGACGGAAAAGACCGGACUUUUGACAAGACGGUUCUGAAGUCCCUGCAGUACCACCUCGAGCACAACCUGCGGAAGCAGUCUUUUCUGAGCCGCGUGUUCAGAGGUCUCUAUGUUUGGGAUGCGGAGAGGGGACCAGGAGGAGAUCCAGGACCCAAAGGGAGGAGACCAGGAGGAGACCAGGAGGAGACCCAGGAGACAGAGGGAGGAGACCAAGAGGAGACCCAGGACCCAAAGGGAGGAGACCAGGAGGAGACCAGGAGGGAGGAGACAGAGGGAGGAGACCAGGAGGAGACCCAGGACCCAAAGGGAGGAGACCAGGAGGAGACCCAGGACCCAAAGGGAGGAGACCAGGAGGAGACCCAGGACCCAAAGGUAGGAGACCAGGAGGAGAUCCAGGACCCAAAGGGAGGAGACCAGGAGGAGACCCAGGACACAAAGGGAGGAGACCAGGAGGAGACCCAGGACCCAAAGGGAGGAGACCAGGAGGAGACCCAGGACACAAAGGGAGGAGACCAGGAGGAGACCCAGGACACAGAGGGAGGAGACCAGGAGGAGACCCAGGACACAGAGGGAGGAGACCAGGAGGAGACCCAGGACACAGAGGGAGGAGACCAGGAGGAGACCCAGGAGACAGAGGGAGGAGACCAGGAGGAGACCCAGGACACAGGACACGUUCCCCCAGAUGAGCUGCAGGAGGCAUCUGGAGAGGGAGGUCUGGGCGUCUCUGCUUAG